AUGCCGCUGCGGGGCUUCCGGGCCGCGGGGCCCUGGGGGUGGCUGCCUCCAUUGCUCCUGGUGGCGCUGGCGGCCUGCGCCGCGCGGGCCUCCGAGAUCACCUUUGAGCUGCCUGACAACGCCAAGCAGUGCUUCUACGAGGAGAUCGCUCAAGGCACCAAGUGCACCCUCGAGUUCCAGGUGAUCACUGGAGGACAUUAUGAUGUUGACUGUCGUUUGGAAGAUCCUGAUGGCAUUGUGUUGUACAAAGAGAUGAAGAAACAAUAUGAUAGCUUCACGUUCACUGCAUCCAGAAAUGGAACGUACAAAUUCUGCUUCAGCAACGAAUUCUCUACUUUUACACACAAAACUGUGUACUUUGAUUUCCAAGUUGGAGAGGAUCCACCACUGUUUCCUAGUGAGAAUAGAGUAACUGCACUUACCCAGAUGGAGUCUGCUUGUGUUUCCAUUCAUGAAGCUUUGAAAUCUGUCAUCGAUUAUCAGACUCACUUCCGCCUGAGAGAAGCACAGGGCCGCAGCAGAGCAGAGGAUUUGAACACGAGAGUGGCCUACUGGUCCAUAGGGGAGGCAAUUAUUCUUCUUGUUGUUAGUAUUGGGCAGGUGUUUCUCCUCAAAAGCUUCUUCUCUGAUAAAAGAACCACAGCAACCCGUGUUGGAUCAUAAUUCAUAGUGGUAAUGCUUCAGGUCAUUGUGUGCUACUCAUCUGUAAAAAAUUAACUGUACUCUGAUUAACUGUAGGUACAAAGGAUCUGAAUAUAUGCAACAUUCAAAUGUAUCUGCCCCUCAUUACUCAAAAAUCACAAAACAGACCCAUAAUGUUAUGAAAGGGAUGCAUGAUUUGAAAUAUUUUAGAAAUACCUUGAAACUUCAGUGUUUUCUGAUUCCUGUUUUAAAUACCUGGCAGUCACCAGCCUCUCUUUGUUUCUAGUGAUUUUAAUCUAAACUGAAUUUGAAUUUCACCAGUAAGAUUAGCCAAGUACAACGUAAUAUUUUAAACUAACCUAGCAGUCUAGUGCCUGAUAUGGAAGACAAUAUAUGUGAAAAUCUGAUCCAAUUUUGAUUUUCAGUCUGAAUGUAUUGGUUUGUAAAAAAGCAAAUGUGAUGAACUGUAGAGCACUGUUUUGAUUUGCUGUACCCCUUAUUUGUAAAACAUGCAAGCUUGACACUACAUCAUGGUGUAAAUUCUCCAUCAACCUGGUAAGUCUCCAUCUUCAAAACUUGCUAAGUUUUAUACUUGAGUAUGUUUGCUUAAACAUACAUUCUUCUAUAGUAAAAUAAAUUCAUUUCUUCUUUGACAAUGUUUGUUUGACUGAACAACGUGUAAGCUGAGACUACUCAGGAAAUCCAUUUUCUCUAUUCAAAAAUCCAAAUCUCCAUGUUUAUUUUAAAAACAUACAGUAAAAUAGGGGAUCUUGUAACUU